ACGAGUUGAACAUCUUGGAAUUUUGGAGCAAAUCAUCUAUGCGAUACCCUGAGCUUGCAUCAAUGGCUCGGGAUAUUCUUGCUGUCCCCAUUUCUAGUGUUGCUUCGGAACAAGCCUUUAGCAUGAGUCGCAAAGUUAUAACUCCUAACCGAGCUUCACUUAAGCCUAAGACCAUCGAGGCUUUAAUGUGUCUCCAAGAUUGGUAUCGUUGGAAGAUGUCUCAGAGUGAAGAAAUGAGCACUACAGGAGGUGGACCUUCAAGUUCUCAUGCAAAUGAGUUAUCUUCAGAUUCGGAAAAUGAUGAAGUUGAGAUAGCUUGAUGGAACAAGGAAGAGAUGGAUUCAAAAGAGUCAUCAACUUGUGGCUUUGAACUUGCUAUUUGAUAUCUUUAUUAUGUAAUGGACUUGUUAUUUGAUAUGUUGUUAUGUAAUCAGACUUGUUGAACUAUGUUGUGCCGUUGUGGGCUUAUCGAAAGUAUGUUGCGGACUUGUUGAACUA